AAGAAUAUCUGAAUCGAAUGCCUUAACGUGGAACUUGAAAUAAGACAGGUCAUAACACAAUGUUUGUUUACAGUCAUGAAAAUGUAAACAAAACAUCAUUGUCCGGCACGAGCGAUCCAAUUUGACGAGUGUUGUUAUUUAGGGUGGGGCUUCAGUUCAUAAGUCUAUCCAGGUUGAAAAUCGCAACCAGAAUUAAGCCAGUCCAUCCCACUGUUUGAAUUGUUCACCUGAUGCUAUAUAAGGACUGAUACUAUAUUAUAUUGGCUGAAAACUCAGAAAACUAGGGAUAUACCGACCAGGUCGACUACCGACUACUCGGCGCUUGAGUCGGUUGAUCGGCUAGAGCAUCAUUUUCGACUAAAUUCAGUACAAUUUUCGAUUUAUCUCCGGCUACAAAUGUGGCCGAAUAGUCGGCCUUCCCAACUAAUCGGGGACUAGUCGGCACAACUGAAAAUAUAUAUGUUUCUUUUCACAAUGAAGCCCUACCCUAUUCCGAGCAUCAUGUUUUCUACAAAGACAGCGAUUUUCUUUUAUUCAGAAUCUUAAAUAGACGCGUGAUGGCCGUUUGGUGGAGGUUGCUCCUCGUCAUCUUAGCCGCAAUUGAGUGUUUGAGUGGCGAAAAAACAUAUGCAACCGAGCCAGAAUACGUGGCCUUGGGGUACUUCAAAAAGUCCCAAAGACUGCUGAAUUCACUUAUACCUCAUGAGUAUCAGGACCCGGUGCAGGAAGUUGCCAGAUCCAACAGAGAUUAUCCAGAUUCUCCACAUGCAGCUUCAAGAGCGAGUCGAGACUAUCCAGAUCUUGCGCGGGGAUUUCACAGAAAAAUGUCGAAGUUGCUAGAUGAAGAAAUCAGCCAAGAUUACGAGCACAACCUCGACUCAUUCAGUCCUAUAAUCGGGAAGCGUCGUGUGCGCUCUCAAAGGAUGCGUCGUGAGAAACUAAAUCUUCAGGGAGUGCGAAGCCAUCGUGCGCAUUCUCUCGAUGCCGGUCGUCGCCGGAGACUACAACCUGAACCAACCUCAGAACAGUCAGAACGAUACUAGGAUUAUUAUUUAGGUCUUAAGAAUGAAAACAUAAAGCCAGCCAUUCUCAAAGCCCUUGAUCCGCGAGGCCUCUGUUUGCAUUAAUUUUAAACAGUCGUUACAAAAACUUUGAGAACUGCUGCUUUGAAAUAGAAAUUGAUUGAGAUAGAAAUAUAAUAGAUAUUGAUCGAGAAAUUAAGAAAAUAUAAAAGUCUCUAAAUAAUGUAUAAUUACAGUCUAUCAAGCCAUUCAGCAAAAAUUAAGACAGUUAUUUUUGUCUGUCAAGCCAUUUCCGCCAGUAGAAAAUGACAGACUGACAGACAGACAGACGGAUAAUAGAGUCUCAACUUAAGGGUUCGUUUUGUACCUUUUUGUUAGGGAACCCUAAACACGGCAAAUUUAGUCACUGUAUUGUUACCGUCCAAUAGAAAAUAUGAAUUUUGUGCCUUUUUGUACUAACAAACUAACACAAACAAAUAAUAAACGCCACGUGCUUA